AUGUCUCGUCAUCGUGUCAAAAACGUUGCCUACGAUGAUGACGAUGAUUACUAUGACGAUGACCAAGGCGGCGAUGAGCUAUCCCUGGAGGAUCGCGAGCUGAUGAGACUUCGAACCCUCGAGGUCCAGACGUUAUUACGAUCCGAACUUCCGCCCAUCCAGGCUACAGAGGAGGAAAUCUGGGAGUCGCUAUGGCAUUAUUACUACGAUGUCGACAAGACAACGUCUUAUCUGAGGAGGAAAUACCGCCAACCAAGUCCAAACACACCAUCGAAACAGCCUACGCACGCAUCUGCGCAGUCAAACAGUAAAGCCAAAGAAAACAGUUUCGAAACUUCGUAUUGUUCUCAAUUUUCGGCUGUCGAUUUUUUCAAAGAUUCGCCUUGGUUGAACGUCCCCCCGCACCGAAAAGCAGAUAUUCUGAUCGAACCGCUGUAUCCCCGCCUUGGUUUACUGGGCGGGGCAGAGAAACCUGUGAAGAUGUCUAAACUCGCUGCUCUAGCGGCGGCGCGAAAGAAAAAGGAUAGUGGGGGCAGCAAAGCCAGCAACGGAAACACAGCAGCGGAGGUUUCGUCAGCACCGGUGUCUACAGAGCAGCGUAGUACCUCGAUUUCACUCUUAGAUCGAUUGGGGGGAGGUGGUCGAACGAAAGCGAACCUAGAGAGUCAAGCCUCCAGACGUCCCUUCCGGAAGGCUGAUCGUACCCCCAAGGAGGUGCCUUCGAUAAAACCUGGCAGAACAACCGAGUUGGCUCAGCUGUCGAAACCCUCUGCUGCUGCAAGAUCCCCAGUUACUGACUCCCCAAAGAAGCUCACCCCUCAACGGGCGGAUAUUUUUGCCCAACCUUCCAUUUUUGCGACGGCGUUAAUAGGUCAUCAAAGCGAUCGAGGGCCCCUAUGCUAUCUCUCGCAGCACUUUGAUAUGUUUAAACUUUACGACAAUGGUAAUACUAAAACUUUUGAAUUCACAGACCCCAGCCCAGACGAUAUUGUAAUUAAUGCACAGAAUGCAGCAAAAUUGAAGAAAGCCAAAAAAGCACAACCUUCUACUAAGGCGGCGUCUGACCUAGCGAAUAAUGUUAAUCAGCUUUCGGUACAAGAGUCGGUAAAGCCUAAAAGCAAGCAGCUAGAUGUAUUAGAGGAACAUCGUAGAGCCAAGAGGAAAAAGGCUGCCAACCUUGUUGUUAUUGGGCAUGUUGAUGCUGGAAAGAGCACUCUCAUGGGAAGAUUGCUGUACGACCUGAAAGCCGUUGAUACUCGGACGAUUGAAAAAUACAAACGAGAAGCUGAUAAAAUCGGGAAGGGGUCCUUCCAUCUUGCUUGGGUCCUUGAUCAAGGCUCUGAAGAACGGGCCCGUGGUGUGACUAUAGAUAUUGCAACAAAUAAGUUCGAAACGGAUUCCACGAACUUCACGAUACUGGACGCUCCUGGACACCGUGAUUUUGUACCCAAUAUGAUUGCUGGUGCCAGCCAAGCUGACUUUGCAGUACUUGUUAUUGAUGCAAGUACUGGAAAUUUCGAGUCUGGUUUGAAGGGGCAGACAAAGGAACAUGCCCUUCUCGUUCGCAGUAUGGGAGUUCAAAAAAUGAUUGUUGCUGUGAACAAAAUGGAUUCAGUGGCAUGGUCGAAGGAAAGGUUCGAAGAGAUUGAACAGCAGAUAUCAUCAUUCCUAACCACAGCCGGAUUCCAAGCGAAAAAUCUUUCUUUCAUACCCUGCUCUGGACUUCGUGGUGAUAAUAUUAUCACACGAACGGAGGACAAAAAUGCCUCAUGGUAUUCCGGAAGAACUCUCAUUGACGACCUGGAAACUGCGGAGCCUCAAUCAUAUGCCGUUGAAAAACCCCUCCGGAUGACUAUUUCGGAUGUUUUCAAAGGCGGAUCUCAAAAUCAGCUAUCUGUCUCUGGACGCAUUGAUUCCGGUAGCUUGCAGGUUGGGGAUCGGGUUCUUAGUAUGCCAAGCGGGGAAGCGGCCAUAAUCAAAAGUCUUGAAAUCGACCAAGAACCAAGUGAUUGGGCCGUUGCUGGAAACAAUGUUGUGCUUCAUCUACUUGAUAUUGACCCUAUGCACCUCAAAAGUGGCGAUGUCAUCUGCAGUGCUUCGUCUCCUAUACAGAACGUCAGUUCAAUCACGGCAAAAGUGCUUGCAUUUGAUCACUUGACGCCAAUGCAUAUCGAACUGCAUCGUGGCCGUCUUCAUGUUCCUGGCCGCAUCUCACAACUUGUUGCUACACUUGAUAAAAGCUCUGGGAAUCCGGUUAAGAGGAAGCCAAAGAUUGUGGCACCCGGCAUGGUGGCAAGGGUCGUGGUUGACCUUGACCAGUUAAUACCGUUAGAAGCUCCGGCUCGCGUGGUACUUCGGACGGGCGGGGAGACUGUUGCAGCAGGACUCUUAGAAUGA